AUGCUAUGUGCUUGGCAGUUACGAAGGGACUCGUCAUCGAGCGGAUGGCCGAGUUGUUAUAGUUCAUGUGUUGAUCCCAAAACGGUGGUCCUUCGAGCCGGGAGUUCUUUCCGGAAGAACGGAACGAUAAUUGAGAUAGCUGAAGUCAAACCCUUUCCCGGGUACGACGAUCCGCCGUUCGACAAAGAUGUAGCUUAUAUGAAAACUGCUAAGCCCAUAGAGUUUAGUGAGACAAUGCAGCCGAUUGCUCUACCUCCGAAGAGCAGAGCAGUCCGCGGUGAUUCUGAGAUUGUUGUUAGUGGUUGGGGAAGAACAAGGCAAGGUGCUUCAUCGAUCCCUGAUAGGCUGAUGGCUGUUAAGCUGCCCGUGGUGAACUUCUUCCAAUGUUUCCUUGUCUACCCGACCGUGCUCACCUCGAAUAUGUUCUGUUCUGGAAACUUCUUCCUUGGAGGGAAGAGUACUUGUCAGGGUGAUUCGGGCGGGGCGGCCAUCCAAGAUAACAUGGCUGUUGGUAUUGUCUCAUUUGGGCGCGGCUGUGGACAGGCCCUAUCGCCUUCCGUGUUCGCUGACAUUGCUUCGCCGAUUUUAAGGGAUUUCAUUACAGAAAACACUGGUUUAUAG